AUGCCAGCUGCUGCCCCUCCACCGUGGUCCGACUCCCUCUUCACUUUCUUGCGGUCUCGCCCCUUUGGUCAGCUCUGAAUCCUCAGCCAUGUUCUUUCGCUCCUCCUCUUCCUCUCUUGUUGCGUUGUUGAUCACCGCAGUGUCCACGGCGGCCCUUCCUCCUCGCACUCGCAAUGGAGCUACCGACAUUGCUCGCGUUGAUAUCUCCUCACGCAGUGUCACGACUUUGACGUCCAGCCAACUGUCUGCCUUCACGCCUUUCACCCAGUUCGCAAGAGCGGCCUAUUGUGACCCGAGCGUCAUUACCGGAUGGACCUGCGGAGAGGCAUGCACAGCACUCCCGGGAUUUGAGCCCACACUGACUGGAGGAGACGGUGAUGCCGUGCAGUUCUACUUUGUUGGGUAUUGGCCAUCCGAGAGCACUGUAGUCGUUGCCCACCAAGGAACAGAUCCCACUCAAUUUGAGUCUGAUCUCACGGACGUUAACUUUUCCCUCGACACCCUCGAUUCUACGCUCUUCCCUGGCGUUUCGAGCGAUGUCGAAGUCCACAAUGGGUUUGCAGCUGAGCAUGCCAAGACGGCAGCUACGAUCUUGACUGAGGUGAAGAGUUUGAUGUCGGAACACUCGGCGACGAAGGUCACUCUUGUCGGACAUUCACUCGGUGGCGCAUUGGCGGAACUUGAUGCGUUGUUCUUGUCACUAAAUCUCCCGACCGGGACGACCAUCAAGGGUGUCACUUACGGGACCCCUCGGGUCGGUAACCCAGCUUUCGUUACCUUCUUCGACUCGAAGGUCUCAGACUUUACUCGAGUGAACAACGAGCUGGACCUGAUCCCUACACUUCCCGGUCGAUUCCUCGGGUUCGAGCACCCAGCGACCGAAGUGCAUAUCGUUUCUGCAGGAGACGCUGUAUCUUGUGCAGGCGACGAUGAUGGCACCGAUUCUCAGUGCACCGAUCUGCAAGUUCCGAACAUCUUCGUAGGCAAUAUUAUCGAUCACCUUGGGCCAUACGAAGGUAUCUACAUCGGUACGAUUUUCUGUACAUAGUAGAGUUUUAUUCCUUGACUGCGGGUUUUAUGGGAAACUUGGCACAAUACCCUGCAUUGAAUAUUAUUAUGAACCAUCUCUUGUGGCUAGC